AUGGAUCACGAUAGUAUUGAUUCCAAUUCAAAUUAUAUUAUCUCUCAAUUAAAUGAAUAUAUGCUGCGAUUAAGUAACACACCAACAGCAACUAAUAUAAUCGAAAAACCAAAUUCAAAUGAUCCUACUGAAUGGCGAAUGUAUAUUGAAUACGUAAAAGAAUCUACCGAGGAAAAGAUAAGAACUUAUGAAUAUGAACGUGUUGAAAGCUUAUUAGAACAUACGUAUAGAAUUAUACAAGAUUCCGAUAGCAUCAUAUUCACAAAUGGCAAGACUAAAAAGAAAUGGGUCAAAGACCAGCUCAGUUGUUCCAUUUCUAACGACUACGCUAACUCAACUAAAAAUCAAAACGGAGUCCCAAAGGCUAUAUGGUUACCUACCCUUAAAGAAAUCAAAAUUACUUCUCGAUUUUUAUAUAAAUCAAAUUUUAAAAGAAAAACCACAUUUAAAUAUCUUUAUGAAAAUUUCAUCAACCUUUUAAUUAGAAAAUGUAAAGAAAAACUUAUUCCGUAA